GAUGACUCCUGCGCGAUCUGGGAAGGAGGGGUGGACUUGGGUUAUGAAAGUGGAAAAGUAAAGACUUCAGCAUCAGCUUUAUCAUCAGCACGUUUCUGUUGUAAAUGCGGCACCUCAUUUGUAGAUAUUAUAAAAAUGAAACUCGCGACUGUUGAAAAGUGUUGCAAUGUGGGUACGUACUUACAACAAACUGUCAGAAUUAGAAGUAAUGAGCCGCGGUCAUAAAAAUUGUAAUACUCUCCACGACCUGCAGUUGGUGAACGUGAACAAUCGGUGAAGACUUUCUUUCCUUUGAAUCUCUGUGGGGUCCAGGCUGUUGCGGCAAGCGUGCGACGGCAGUGGAAAACGCAGCAGCAUAUCUAAGGCUUAGCGAAGUAGAGAUGAACAGCACCGCUGCAGUAGAUGUUGAAGAACUACGAGGGAAAACACCUACCUGUAGCGCAGCUGGGGCCAGUACUACAACCACUACGGACCACGUCGACCGGUGCAACAAAGAUGCUGCGACGUCAUCUACUAUUGCAGGAGCGCGGAGCCAUCGCCAUCCUGCUCGCGGGAACGAUUUUUCAUCGCGCUUCAGCAUCGACGUGGUAGAGGACUUGAAAUUCGCAGCCGUUGACGACCUUCGCAGUUUUUUCUGCCGUGCCUGCGAUUUCAACGGAACGUGUGCUUGGAACACGGAGAUCGCGGGAAACAAACCGAUCCAAUACGAUUUGGAAAAGGGCCCUGAUUCUGCAAUUACGCAGCUGGAACGACCGCAAGAACAGACGCACGGCCCCGCGUACCAACUUUACAGGGCGGAGUUCUACGGACGCGUGGUUGCCGCGACUGUGGCAGAGAUGGAGAAGCGGAUGCGUUCUGAGAUCUACAAGAACGGACCGAUUGUGUGCGGGGUCGCUGUCAGCGAGGAGAGUGUUUUUCAAAACUACCGGUUUGAGUACGGGGUACGACUAGCGGAUGUCGAGCGACCGGAUGGGGGUGGUGCCCGUACCAAUGCUUUGAUUAUGCAAAAAAAGCAAGAUCUUGUUCACGAUAGCAGUUCAGCUUCACGAAGAAUUGCAAGUGUUGGAGUUGCAUCAGAACCCGACCACGUCGUCACCUUGGUCGGGUACGGAAAGGUGCAGGAAACACCCUACUGGUCCGGCAAAAAUUCCUACGGGACGAACUGGGGUUUACGCGGCUUCUUCUACCUCGAGAGAGGUGUGAAUUUGUUCCAGAUCGAAUCCGGCCACUGCUCCUUCGCGGUACCGGAUCGAAGAGACGUGGCCAGGCUGGUGAGCAUGGCGAAGGGGAAGGUUGAGGUACCAUCAUCUUCAGAAGGAACUACCAGUGCAAAUACUGCGCAAUCUGAAAAACUAGACCUUCACUUCCGGCCAGAUCCACACCUGCAGUUUCUGCUCGACGGAAAAGAAAAUAAACAAAAACAACACCUCCGAGCGGACAGAGAUGAAGUUCAAGACGAAUCUCCAUCACAAAAAUCACGAAACCUUGCCCGUCUCGACCCCGCCUAUUGGACCGAAAUGAGUCUUCGCCGGGAGAAAUUUCACAAGCUGUGGCGAGGAACAAGCACACGACGAAAACAAAACAGCCUGCGAAACAGCUUCGACAGCUUUGUCAUACCACCCAACAUACUAGGAGGAAAUAACGGCGCGAUAAAUCCAAGAAACUUAUCUCCGACCACAACUGUGGUCGCGCCGUCGAAAAUCCUUUCCCAAUUCGCCGGGAAGAUUUGCUACCACUGCUGGGCCGCGGCGCUGAUCGCGACGUUUUCCGACCGGAUCAGGAUCGCCUCCAAGGGGCUGCUCGACCCGACAGUCUCCAUGCAGACGCUGCUGAACUUCGACGACUCUCUCACCGGCGGCGACUGCAGGUCGGGCAUGGCGAUUCGGGGGGCGCAUUUUCUGAAGCACUUCGGCGCCAGUGACGAGACCAACGCCCCGUACCGUAUGUCGUUUUCAACUGUUACAUUCUCAACUGUUACAUGGAUUUGUAAUGCAAGACCAGCACAGGCGAAAGGGAGAACCUUGCGCGUCUUGCAUUACAGGUUUGAUCCGGAUUACAGUGCUAUUUAACCUUUCGUGAAUUUGUCAUGCGAAGCAGCUUGAUCGUCUGGCGGGUCAUGGUCAUUUUGCAUGACAAAUCAUGUAUACAGUUGAGAAUGUAACGUUUGAGAACCCAAUAUACCGAGGCCACGGGUUCGCCUGGGGAAUCGAGUGCUGCGGAAAAAUGUCGACGUACGAAGGGCCGGGGGCGUUGGGAAAUAAAGUUUUG